GGAGGAGGUACCAGCUGUGACUGUUUCUUUCGAAUCUGAAUUUUCCUUGUGAAACACAUCUAAACUAUCUCUCUUCUUACGUGAAAACUGUCGAUGAAACCAUGUUUCAUAUACUGUCACUGUAAUGUAAGGACUGAACUAAACUCCAAGUGGAUUCCUACUUUUUAGAAUUUUGUUUCUUUUAAUCUUCCGUUUCCUAUCGUUAUCAGUAUGUUUUAGAAGAAAGGUAAUCCGUAAUUUAAGAAUUGUUUCGAGUUCCAGUGACUGAAGCAAAUGGAAGAAAGAUAGGUCAAAUAUUGCUGGUUUUCUUUCUUUUUUUUCUUUUAUUUAUGGGUGAUGUGAAAUGGUUUCUGUGAUGGAUAGAGUGAAUUCAAGCAGACAGAACUACUCCGUUGAACGUCUUGUUCGAGUUGGAUAUUAUAAACUUGAACAGACAAUUGGCAAAGGAAACUAUGCUGUAGUCAAACUGGCAACCCAUGUUGUGACUAACACUAAGGUCGCAAUAAAAAUAAUAGAUAAAUCCAAGUUAGACGAGGACAAUCUCAAGAAAAUCUUCAGGGAAAUACAGAUCCUGAUGAAGCUACGACACCCUCAUAUCAUAAGACUGUACCAGGUAAUGGAGACUGAUAGGAUGAUCUAUUUAGUGACUGAAUAUGCUGCAGGAGGAGAAAUAUUCGAUUAUCUUGUAAAAAAUGAACGAUUAAGUGAAGAGCAGGCAUGUAGAAUCUUCCACCAGAUAGUGGCCGCAGUUAGCUAUUGUCAUUCUCGAAACGUUGUCCAUCGAGAUCUAAAGGCAGAAAAUUUACUUCUUGAUGCGAAUAUGAAUAUAAAAUUAGCAGAUUUUGGCUUUAGUAACAACUUCGAAGCUGGUAAGAAACUGUGUACUUGUUGUGGAAGUCCACCAUAUGCUGCUCCAGAACUUUUCCAAGGUGUUCAAUAUGAUGGUCCAAAAGCUGAUAUAUGGAGCUUAGGAGUGGUGCUGUACGUCCUGGUGUGUGGUUCUCUUCCUUUCGAUGGGCAAACCUUAAUUGCAUUGAAGAAUAAAGUUAUUUCUGGGAAAUUCAGAGUGCCAUACUUCAUGAGUGCUGAAUGUGAACAACUCAUUAGGCAGAUGCUGUUAUUAGACCCUGAAAGGAGAUACUCUAUUAGACAAAUAAGGGCUCAUAAGUGGAUGGCUCAGGUACCAAUGGAUCCACUGUUAGAAGUUGCUGAGAACCCUACGAUUGAUUUAGAACUACCAGAAAUUAACCAGACAGUCGUAGAACACAUGCUCCAAUUGCCUGGAUUGAACAGGGAAAUGAUAAUAGAGGCAGUCCAGGGUAACCAUUUCGAUCACAUUAGUGCCAUUUAUCACCUAUUUGUCGACAAGCUGGAAGGUAGAAUAUCAUCAGUAUCGACUUCACCUGUUCCUACUGCUGGCAAUUCUUUAUUACCACAACAACAGACCAGAAGAGCGAGUAUUACGACUGGUGUUGUUGAGAGGCUAACUCCUGAGAUUGAAACAAUUCCAGCUGUUCAUCUUAUGCAGGAUCCAUUAAUUCUAGAAAAGUUUGGUGAAGCUGUAGAAGGAGAAGUAGAAGAAAGGCAGGAAGGCCAAAAUGGAGAUAAAUACCACAUGACAAUGAGGAGGCACACAGUUGGACCUGGUGAUCCAACUCAUGAACAGGUGUUGGAAGCUCAUUAUGAAUAUAUGAAACAAGGUGCAGGACAGCCACUCCAUAUAUUCCCUGACUCUAAUCUUCCUCAAAACUUGCCGCUUGUCCAAUAUCAGCCUCCCCAUAACUUCACUGUCAAGGAUCAACACCUGCUAAAACCGCCGCCCGUGAUGGGUGCCGUUGGUGGCUUCGGAAGGAGAGCAUCAGAUGGAGGGAGCCAUUUUCACAGUUACUCAAACAGAGCUGUUAGUGAACCUGGGAGCCAAGAAGAACUUCAACUAUUACAACCAGGAAGCCCUGGUUUAGCACAAAGAUCACAACCUAUAAGUGCCACUAAUCUUGAAAGUCCAGUGGAACAGCCUGUACCUAUGAUCAAUGAAGAACUAUCACCAGAUGUAUAUGCUGUGUCUAGAUAUAUGGAAACGAGGGGAUGUGUCAAGCGUCACACUGUAGCUACUGGUCCUGAAGAGGGCCAUAGACUUCAAACCGUGCCUCCUCAAGGAAGAACAAGAAGAUCUGGUUUACCAACUGUUACAGAAAGACCUCCAGAGAUUAGUCCAGAAGUACGGAGGGAAGUGGAGGCACGGAUGUCGCGAAGGUACCUGCCUCAGAUGAGUCCCCAGAGCCCCGCCCAGAAGAACAGACUUUGGAAGCACCACUUUUUACCACCUCUCCAGGAGACUCAAAGGCUACAACCAGGUGGAAGGGACAGCUUGAAAGAAAUAUCACAUCAUUUUCCUGGUGGUAGCGAACGAUAUUCUCCCGUAAGGCGUGCCAGUGAAGGUGCAAACCAUUUUUGUUCUGAGCAAUCUUCUGUUAGAGCACUUCAACUGGAACACCAACAGUUGAAGAAAACCAGUGUUAAUGUCAGCGACAGCUCUGAACUACAGUACCGUCACUGCAUUGAUCUCCAACAGAUGAGGGUUAGCCCGUCUCCUUCACCGCCUCAAGCUAUUAGUGGAGGUGUUUCUCCUCUUACCCCCUCAGGUUCUCCAAUUCAUUACUCUGGAGUUCGAUAUUGUGAUAACUCUGGAGGGUCGCUUUCUCAACACUUUCAAAGUCUUCAACUUCAGCAGUCUGACAUGCUUGUUCCUAGUCAUCCUACUGGUUCAAUAACUCAAGGUACAGCCAAUACUUUUCAAUUUACCAAUCAUAAUGGCGGUAACCCUGUGCCUUUAGACCUGAGAGUAACUCCAUCACCUCCUCUGACCAGGAUUCAGGAAGAAGACUGGACUGUUGAUAGACGAGUGAACCCGCUGAUUUCUGUGACUGAACCUGAAUCACCAACCAUUAGUUCUCCACACCCACUAUUAUCAACAGAAUCUGGAGGUCUUCAGAAAACUAUAUCUGGAUGUUUUCAAGUACCUUUAAGUGAGCCCUGUUCCCGGCUAGCAACCAAUGAAGUAGUCGCUCUAUUGGAACAGGCUGUCACUGCUGUUGCACCAUCAGAAUUCAGGUGUGUAGGUAGAGGAGAUGCUUUGUUGUUGGAGUCUCCAUCUGGCUUACAUGUGGAACUCGAAGUCGGACGACAAAGAUUGAAAUUGAGAAGAAUCUCUGGAGAUCAGAUGCAGUAUUCACAGCUCUGUCAUCACCUGAUUGCCUCAAUCUCUAGUUAACACAUUCAUUUUUAAAUUUUGCUAAAGCAGAAAUAUUCUACCACUGGAGGUGUUUUAUGAUAUCUCAGGAAUCGCUUUGGUAUUUUUGUCCAUUGUAUAUUUUUAGCUUAGUUCUAUUUACAUUGUUUUAUUAUAUGAGUAUCUUUUAUAAAAAAGUACUUUAAAAAUUGUGGCCUUUUAUUGUUUAAUAUUAAGCAUAAAGCUGUUAAGUUAGGUGUUUUCUGUUAUAAAGAGGCUGGGUAAGGGUAGAGAGUAUACUAUAAUCCAAGGAUAAACUAAAUCCAAAAAUACAUAAAUAUUUGCACAUAUUCAUUUUAAAAUAGUUGUCAGUUGAAAAAGGUUCAUUGGAGAUUAUAUUAAUUCUAAACCAAUAUUUUUUACAUUUUUUUUUUAGAUGAAAUAGGGUGUGAGGGUAUAUUUCUUUCUAUUCUAAAUGCAAGAUUGAGAAGUUAAACUUGUUAUAGUUAAUGAUACAUCUAUACAAACUAUUGCCUGCAGAAAGUUCUUCUGAUGGAUGUUACAUUUUAUUCAAUUCUUAUUUGAAAAUUAUAAAUAAUUUUUUUUUUAAUAUAUUGCGAGUACGUGGCACUUAAGAGUAACAUAUGAACUGAUGGAUAUAUUGUUCUGAAUUAAAAGACCUAAAAUUUUCAGGUUAAUUUCUUCAAUUACCUUUUAAAGUGCACUUAUUCUAGUCAAACAAAGUAAUGAAAAAUUUUGUUAAAAGGUUAUAUUCAUUUUUCUUUCCUUUUGUUUUCUAGUAUAAAAAGUGAUCUCAAUCAAGUCGGCUGUGAAGUGUUCUUUCAAAGAACAGUGCACUUGGGGAGGGGGGUGUUAACAGAAGAAAUUAUUUGGUCAGAUUGAUCAUUAGUUGACUCUGCAGCUUGUUUAACUUGGAUAUAUAUAUUUCACAAAGUUGUUAUUUCAUUUCCUAUUAAAGUUGCUAUUUUAACCCAGGACUAAAAUAAUUAAAAAAACAAAUAUUUUUUUUAUGUUUUUGCAUUUUAAAAUAUAUACUUUUUUCAUUUUUUAAUAGUUUGUGGAACAGUAUUAAUUUAAAAAAAAUAUAUUUCUAAAAAAUUUUUUAUGCAACAACAAACAAUGAAUCAAUUGGGCUUUUAAAAUAUAGUUUAACUUUUUGGUAAUUUAGUCAAUACUUUAGAAAAUAGCAGUUUUACAGAGUCAUUAUAAAAACGACAGAAUUGGAGUUCAAUCUGAAAUAAAAUACUAUAUUUGCAGUAAACAAUUAAGAUCAAUUUUAGUUUUUGUUAGCAGUUUUAAUAACAAGAUUAAUAUUUAAUCUCAAGACAUUGUACAUUGAUAAAUAACUUCAAUAAAACAAAAAAUCUACUUAAUAUAAGUUAAUACUCAAUUUAAAAUUUUUAGCCUUUAAAUUAACAAUUAACUUAAACUUUCUUAAUACAUGCUAAUUAAAUUAAAGUCAAACUAUUUGAAAAAUUACUUUACAACUGAUACUUAAAUGGUAUUUUUUAGAAAUUUUGUGUACUAUAAACUUCUGGAUAAAUAUUUCUAAACAUUAAUUUUGCAAUUUAAUAUAAAAAAAAUUGUUUAUAAAGCUGGUGAAAAUAAUUAUUUUCAUAGAAUAAAUAACCAUUUUUUUUCCUGAUUUUUAACUUUUUCAUUAAGUAACUAACUCAUUUGAUAAUCAUUUUACAAAUUAUUUGUUUUGUAUUUACUAAUUACAUAUUAUAUUGUAUUAUUAAAAUUUUAAUUGAGAACAAUUCCACUUUCUUUAUAUAAUUUAUAGAUUUUUAAUUGUUAUCUGAAAGAUUAUUUAUAUUAUCCAAUCCAAUCUGUUCAAUUGGAUUUUUAUCAAAAAAGUAAAUGAAUAAUUAUUUAAUCUAUGGUGGUAAUUAUUUUUCUAUUGUGUUUUCUUUCUUAUAACUACAAUCUGGUGACUAUAAGAUUGAAAUAAAUUCCAUAAAAAUUAUUAAUAUUUCUUCUGACUAUAGUAGUUAUGUCAGUUAAAUCUAUAGUUAAGAUGGAUAAAUAUAAAACAUUUAUCUAAUUUAUUUCCAUAUAUCCAUUGAUAUAUCAGGCAUGCCCAUUCACAUAAACAAACGUUUUAUGAGUGGUGGUAAAAAACACCAGAAAUUUGCAAAAGUGGCCCCUUGCAUGUUUAAAUAUGUAUUAUUGCCAGUGUUUUUUAAUAUUUUUUAUUUCAAAUUAUCUGUUAAUAUUCAUAUUCUCCGUUAAAAUGUUUUCUUAUUUUAUAAUGAAAAGAUAAGAUUAAAGUUAUCAUAAAAAAUGUGAAGAUUCCUAAGAAUGUUGUUUGAAUUUGAUUACAAAGGGUAUAUAGGAAUACAUUUGUUUUAUUUUGUACUCAAUCAUGCCAUAUUUUUACUUUAUAAGGAACUUCAGGAUUUAUUAAUCCAAUUGACUUAUAAAUUUUAUAGCAUUCUUUGUCGUUUUCCUGAUCGAUAUUUUUGCUUAGUGAUACUUGUUUAUUUUACUAUUAUAUAUUGUUUAAAUUAUUAUAAUUGUGCCAUAAUGUAAUGAUACAACUGAUCAUUUUAUAUAUUUAUUCUCUGUUAACUGCAAUGUGUGCGUAUACUGUUUUGUUACAUUCCAUGAAAUCGCUUAUAGCAAUAUUGCUUUAGAUAAUAUAUUGUAAAUAGUUAAAACCUCUUUAACAUCAAUUAUUAUAAAUAUACAUAUAUGUUUUUUGACGUACAGAAUAAAUGCAUAACUAGAUUUUAAAAAAUUGUAUGCUUGAUAUAUUUGCUGCAUAUUUAUAUCAGAAGUAUUUAAAAUGCACCUUAUAUAUUUUUAAAUAAGAUUAUAAUGUAAUUUGUUAAGUAUUAGUCUUUUAAAUUUAAAGCAACAAAGAACUUUUAUAUUGUCCAUUGGGUUAUUAUUUUAUUAUAAUGUUUACUUUUUGUUGAUAACUAAAAAAAAAAAAUAGUAUAAUAUUUGGCUUAGAUAUUGAUGAUUGAUUUAUCUUCCUUAAAAGUCUGAAGAAUAAUCAUUUGUCUUUUUUAGUUGAAUAAACAUUAUCAUUUUCAGAUCAAAAUAAUAAGUCACUGGACUAUUAUACAAUAUUGAAUAUUUCAUUCCAUGUAGUGUUAAGAUAUUCACUUAUACUGUUUGUUUUUGUUUUUUCUACGUAUUUUUUGUUUUUAUGAUAGUUAUUAGCGGAAGCCUUGUGUGCACAAAUUAACUUAAGUAAUUCUCUAUCGCUAAUAAUUUAUAUCUGUAACAGAACUGUUAAUUAUGUAUAUUACUAUAUUUGAGAACCAUGUACAUUGCUAUUGUGAAUAGUGUAUCAUAUGUAUUUCGAGGAAAUUUAGAGGCAAUAAUGUAUAUUUUUUUUAUGUUAAAUAAUUGUAGAAUUUUGUAUAAGACCUAGGUGUUUAGAACAUUUGAUGUAUAGUAUCUCUGUAGUUAUAAAAGAUAUAUAUAUAUAUAUAUAUAUGAACACAGGAUUUUCAUUGCAUAUGUUUAUUUAUAACAGUAAAAUGACAAUGGAUGAUUGUUGUUCCUUCAGAAACAGUGGUUUUGUAUUUUGACUUCCAUUAUAUGUAUAUGUAUGACAUCUAAUUGGAAUGAAAGUUGAAAUUUAAGGUGUUCCAUUUAUCUUUUUUUUUUUUUAAAUGAAGACUGAGACUGUUAUUUACCCAACUUUAUUGUAAAAGAGCAUAUUUUUUUUGUUUUUUAUUUGCUUUCAUGAUAUUUUCAAUGGUAUUAUUAACAAUUUGUAAAAAAACAAAAACAAAAAUAAAACAUAAGGAUUAUAGCAGAAUAAAAUCAUACUAUUGGAAAUAAUAUAAAUAAUUAGGUCUAUUUUAUUAAAUUUUUUCGUUAUCUUUAUGAUUUAAAAAAAUUCAGUUACUAUUUAGAUCUCGUAGUUAAUAAUAUUAAUUGUACCAUUCAUUGCUUCUGAAGUAGUAGAUUUAAGUUUUAAAAAAGUAAUAAUAAUUUAAAAAAAAAAGGUAUAAAUUAUAAAAAUUCCCUAUUCACUAUAAAAAAACGACUGUGAAAAUACUUUUAAUCCUAAGCAUAUUUUGAUUUUUAAUAAUAAAAUAUUGUUUGUAUAGUUUGACUGAGUUAUUAUAAACAACGAAUCAAUAGCUAUAUUAUUUUUAUUUUUGUUCUUUUAAAUUUUAUCCUUACAUAGUAUCUAAAGUGAAUUAAUGAAAUACAGUUUAUUGUUAGGAACCUCCUGUAACAUUUCACAUUUUCUGUAUUUUAUAUAGCUAAUUUUGAACUGUUUACAGAUAUUUUAUGAAAUAUAUUCUAAAAGUUUUAAUGAUAAUUAAGAAUUAUUCGUUGUGUUGAUCCAAAGUGGCCCAAAUAUAGAAUAUGAGUUAAAAAUCUUUUCAUCUUUUUUUUAAAUUUAAAAUUAAAUAAAAGUUGUUUGGUUAUGCGGACCAAAGAGAGAACACAGGACCAUGUUUUAAUAUAAAUUCUAGUUCUUUAUCAGGACUAUGUAAAAUAAGCUACAACCUUAAAAGUAGCAGAUUGUUAAUUAAUAUAGAUAUAGUAUAAAAUACGCAAGAGAAUAUUAAAAAUGUGAGCGAUGCAUCAACUUUCA